AUGAAGUCCAUACAGUCCCUGCUUAUUGCAGCCAUCAUCGCCUUCGUCCCAACGGUAUCCGCCGAAUGCUUCAAGGACGGCAUAACAGGUGAAUACGACGUCAAUAAUAACGCACCCGUCGACCUUAGAAUCGUGUGCGCUCAGUUAUCGGGCAGCUACGUAAAGAAUGAGUUCCGCAGAAUCUGCAUCAUGGACACGAAGGGCAGAAAGUGGGACUUUGAGCUUUCGUACGUCGGGAACGGAGACAAACGCGACAUUGAUAUAGAGGAAUGCUACGACGGCAUGAAAAAUGAGGCAGGCUGCGCGCGAGGUGGUCGGAAGAAGUAUUGGAACUGGGAAUACUCGUGA